GCGCGGGUCCAUGCUGCUCUACCGCCUCGCGAGCGACGACGACAACGGCGAGCUGCUCCCCCCGCCACGCGCCCUCGCCGGCGGCAGCAACCGCGACUCGGUCAUCUCCAGCUCCGGCGACUCCGUCUUCUCCAUCUCGUCCGACUCCAAGUACCCCUCCGGCUCGCUCACCCACCCGCGCGGGCUCAUCCCGUACGCGUACGACCCCACCGUCGACGACAAGGAGGACAUGGACGCGGACUGGGACGAUGUGGACGGCAAGCGCGCAGGCGGGUGGUGGAAUUGGCGGGGAGUUGCCAACGUCGGUUUGCUCGUCAUUCUGAUCCUCGCACUGCUUAUGCUCUUCGUGUUCUACCCCGCGUUCGAGCACUUUCGCGACUUGGACACGGUCAUCGCGAUCAGCGAUAACACGCAGGUGAACGGGACGGGGCAGGUGCCAGUUCUCUUCCAAAUGCCGCAACUAAUCGAUCCCGAGACGCCUUCCGACGCGCGCUCACGCACCGGCUUCGACGGGCACGCCUACGAGCUCGUCUUCUCGGACGAGUUCAACACGCCCGGGCGCACCUUCUACCCUGGCGACGACCCCUUCUGGGAGGCCGCCGACAUCUGGUACGGCUCCACGCAGGACCAGGAGUGGUACGACCCGCGCCAGGUCACGACGACGGAAGAUGGUCACCUGCGGAUCGUGAUGGAGCAGGUGGAGACGCAUGGCUUGCCGUAUCGCAGCGGGAUGCUGCAGAGCUGGAACAAGUUUUGCUUUUCGAGGGGGUACAUUGAGAUUAGUCUGACGCUGCCCGGGCCGGACUCGAAUACGCAGGGUUAUUGGCCUGGCGCGUGGACGAUGGGGAACCUGGGCCGUCCGGGCUAUCGGGCGACGACGGACGGCACUUGGCCGUACUCCUACGACUCGUGCGACGUUGGCACGUUCCGCAACCAGACCACCAAGGACGGCACGGGCCCGGCGGCGGCGCUGCACUCUGAUCAGAGCAGAUCAAAGUACAACUAUGAGCUCUCGUGGUUGCCUGGACAGCGGUUAUCCGCCUGCACCUGCUCCGGCGAGGAGCACCCCGGCCCAUCGCCCUCCAAGGGCCGCGGGGCGCCCGAGAUUGACAUCCUCGAGGCGGAGAAGGACAAGGAGACGAACGUCGGCCAGGUCGUCUCGCAAUCCGCGCAGUUUGCGCCGUUCACGCAUGACUAUCUGUACGCGAACGAUACCGAGGAUAAGUGGAAGAUAUACGAUGAGACUCUUACGAGACCGAAUAGUUAUCAUGGUUCGGCGGUACAGCAGGCGGUCUCUGCAUUGACGAAGCUCCCCGAUAACAUGUUCCAGGGCUCGGGGCAGGUAUUCACCACCCUCGGCUUCGAGUACUGGACAGACCCGAAGAACCCUGGAGACGGAUUCAUCACCUGGCAGACGGCGGGCAAGCCGUCGGUGCGGAUGGGCGCGGGCGCGAUGGGGCCUGAUACGGGCGACGGCGGAAGCCAAGUUGGGCAGCGACUGGUUCCCGAGGAGCCGAUGUCGAUCGUCUUGAACUUGGGUAUCUCCGCGAACUGGCAGACGAUUGAUCUGAACACGAUGGUCUUCCCAGCCGAGAUGCUCGUCGACUACGUGCGCGUGUACCAGCGUGAGGGCGAGACGGACAUUGGGUGCAGCCCAAAGGACUAUCCCACAGAAGACUAUAUUAAUAGUCAUAUGGAAGCGUAUACGAACCCUAAUUUGACGUCGUGGAGGAGUAUGCCGGACGGUUCGGGCGCGGGCUACUCGUGGCCCAAGAAUUCUCUAUACGACGGCUGCUAGUACUGAUACCCGGCGCAACACCCUCGUCUCUUUAAUCUUCCCGCCGGACUUUGGAACAAUGGCAAGCGGCUCAGGCUGCUCGCGGACUCUUGGCGUCUUGUACUUCUACCCUACUUACUUAGUCUAAGACACUCCUAGUCCUUCUAGAUACUUUCGUUUUACCUGCCCUUUCAUUUAUGUGGCACUACCUACCUAUAUCAUUAUCUUGGAUGGCAGAGAAGUCUAAUAAAGUGAAAGAUUGCC